AUGGCUGGACAAACUGACAAGAUCGAUAUGGCCUUAGACGACAUUAUCAAGUCUUCCAAGACCCAAAGCAAGGGAAAAGGCGGCCCUAAAAAGGCCGGAGCUGCCGGAACCCGGCAGCAACCCAAGCGUGGAGCCAAAAACGCGGGCAACAAGGCUAACGCCAAGGCGAACCAGGGCGCCGCCAAGAGGAACCAAGCCGGGCAAAAACCAAAGAACCAAGGGGCUCAGAAACAAGGCCAAAAACAGACCCAGAAGAAGCAGGCGCAGAAAAAGACCCAAGCUGGAGCUGGAGGAGCGAAGAAGGUCCAGAAAAAGGCCCCGCAGAAGACCAUCACUCAAAAAGCGGCGAUCGACAGGUUGAACAAAGCUCGGGCGACUCUUCAAAAGGCGGUGAAGGCUGUCAACGACGCCAACAAAAAGCUCGAGAAGACGCUCACUCCCGCGCAGAAGAAGGCAGUUCAGCCAGCACCAAGAAAAACUCCUCAAAAGAAAGCCGGUGGAGCUCCGAAAAAGGCGCAAAACCAGAACAACCAGCGAAUUCAGCGACAACCCAACAAGAACAAGGUCCAAAAGCGCGGAAAUCAACAAGGACAAAAGCAGGGAAAUAGAAGACAGCAAAAUACUGGCGGUGUUUCGAUCAAAAUCAAGAAUCGAGGUCCAUCUGGCCGAGGCCGAGGAAAAGCGCAAGUGGUCCGAGACACGCUGAAAACUUCCGGAUCUCAGGAAACAUCUUUGGACGACCGAUUCAGCCAGCUGCUGAAGAGCGCGGGGCGAAAAGUUAACGCUGGCCGAGGCGGCGGAAGAGGCGGAGCUCGUCGAGGAGGAGCUCAAAAACGAGGCGGCAGAGGCGGAAACAGACGAUGA